CGACGAGCGUUGGAGACGGGGGUCCAGAUGGGAUCAGCAUGCGGAGGCAGGGACACGACGAAAAACAAAGCAUUCAACGUUGAGUCGCCUCUCGUGCCUGCCUCGUACCCGUGAAGUGCUAUACAUCUUCAUAAACACACGCCGAGCAUCGCCGCCGAAAUACCUGCCUCGACCACCACUAGAGCACCGCAGCGUCACGCCCAUGCUCCUACCCGUACUAGGCGAGUCCAACAAUAUAAUCCAUGACUGGUCCGUCGAUGCCAUACGAGAGCAUCGACGGACAUGCUACAGCCCAGCCAUGCAAUUUGCCUCACGCGCAUGUCCUGCCAUCUACACAGUACCCUCUACCUCUCCAACUGUCAACCCGCCAAACUCGCCGAGAGGCCUCACCAGACAGUCUUCCGUCAUCGUACGUUCGUCGAGUCGUUCAGAGCGAGACAGGCCCUGGCUCGUCUCCACACGCUUGCUGUGCUGGCCACCUCUCCCAUGAAGGAACCGCUCUCGCCCGUUUGCUGCUUCGGCACGACGUGCAUGUCAACAGCACGUUCUGUCCAACCCCGUUGCGUUGCCACUCGUACCACCCUGACCAAUCCCUUGCACCUGCUUUUUUUUUCCUCUUCCAAAGAGGUGCAGACGUUUCAUGUACUACUUACCAUACAGCCUGUCGUGCGUUGGCGCGCGUCCCAUCGCUUGUUCUCGGCAGCGUAACAUGAACCCACAACGCCCUUCCCUCUUGCAAUAUACAUGUGGAGUUUGUCCCUACCUACA